AUGAAGUACGACUACGAGUUCAGUGACGACGAGAACAGUGAACUUGGUCCACUGAAGCAGGAGUGGCCGUUCGGUGGAGAAGGAAGGUCCAAAGACGUGCCAGUCCCGGAAGGAGGAAAGUGCCAAACAAUCAGCAAACUAUUACCUCGAGCGGAUCGACAGGCUGGCGAGUACUCUUUCGGAGGUCGAGCCGACACAUUGCCGAUCGUCCCCGGUCUCGUUGUCAAAGACGUUGGGCCAGUUUCGGUCCCACUGACUGAGGAAGAAGCUACAAACCUGAUCGGCAAGAGCAAGAAAUCUCCGUUUGGACACAAGUUCGAGACAAAACUGGACGAGAAUGUACGCAAUAGCUGGCAACUGGAGCCUGAUCAAGUCGAAAUCAACAACCCGCAGUGGCACACCGGCAUUGAGGAGAUAACCGCUACCAUUGCAGCACGUUUGGGGUACGAAGGCGUUCCUCUAAGCUGUCAGCUGUACAAAAUGCUCAUCUAUGGACAAGGAGGGCACUUUGUGAAGCACCAAGACACUGAGAAAGAAGACGGGAUGAUCGCCACCUUGGUGGUUCAGUUAUCCAGUCUGCACGAAGGGGGAGACUUGGUCAUCUAUCGGGGCGGGGAGGCGCUUGUGUCCGAUAACCGAGUGCUGCUGUUGGGGCUCGUCGAGCCGCCGGGCGGUAGUGAGCCCAGUCAACGAGGCAAAUCACUUUUUCUGUCUCUACUUCUGCUUAGGGAACAACCAAAAUAG